CCCCAUUCAACCACUCGCCUCUCUGUUCCAGUGUGUUUACUACACUGCCGAGCAUAAGGGAGACACUCGUCUUCACAUGCACUGAACCCAGUAACAAAAACAGUUUUUAGUUGUAUUUGUAAGAAAACCUCCAAGAGAUCAACAUGCCCAAGAGAAAGGCACAGGGAACAGAAGGAGGAGAAAAGGAGGAGCCCCAGAGGAGAUCAGCUCGGUUAUCAGCGAAACCGGCCCCACCCAAGCCGGAACCAAAGGUCAAGAAGCCAGCAAAGAAAGAAAAGGCCGUGAACGACAAGAAGGAGGACAAGAAGACCAAGAAGGCAAAGGAGAACGCCGAGGCAGACGCAAACGAGGAGAACCACUCUGAGAACGGAGAGGCCAAGACCAAUGAGGUGGAGGCAGCCCCUGAGGAGGCCAAGGAGGAGGCCAAAUCAGAGUAGCACCGCUGUGCAAGGUUCCUCCUCCUCUACAGUCCCUCCCCUCCUCGAAGACCCCAGCCAACCAGCCAGCCCCCAAGUCUCUCACAUGGUUUCCCUCCAAGGCGUAUUGUUAACAGAGGAAUAUUUUUAUCAAUGAUUUUAUAAGUAUCCGUACAGAUUUUUAGCACAAAAAGCAAAGCUGAUUAUGGAGCGCCUUGCAGAUUUGCAGUGGUCAUAUCAAGUGUCUGCAAGCAAGAUAAACACACUAAAAUCUUUUUUAAAUGGCAUUUCAUGAUUGUUGAAGGCUUGUUUGGUGUAGAAAGUGUGUCCCUGCCGGAUUGGCUAUGUUGUGAGUUGUGUAUUCCUGUGUUUUUCCUCCUCCCGUCUCCAGAUCUUCCCCCUUCUGGCGCCACAGGUUUAGACUUUCCUCCCCCUACAGUUCAGCCUUUAUCCAUGUUUUAUUAACAGUUCAGCCAUGUUAAUGUGGGUGAUUCUUUUAGAACUCUAAAUGUGCAGUGGGUUCCCUUUGCUUCUGUCUCAUGGUCUUGAUUUUUUUUUUUUUCAUUGAAGUCGUGUUUUUAAAAAACAAAACGUAUUGAAGCGUGUUGUCCAUAAGAAAGAGGAAGAUGAACAUGUGAAACAUUCCGGGAACAGCGAUUGCCUCCGACCUGUCUCUUAGACGACCCUGCGUGUUAAACAGCUCCUGCUCCACCCACGCUGUCAUGUCAGCUUUUCUAAACACUCUGGUUUUUUUUAAAACAAUCAAAUUUGGAAUCGUUCUCUGACAAAUGCAGGUGUCUGGUCCCUCUCUUAUGUUCUGAAAUUCUCUUAAUAAAAAGAAGUCCUGGGAAUUUUCCUCGAA